AUGGCGUUUGAGUAUGAGCCCCACGGCAGGACCCAGCUCCCACUGCUCAAGAUGGAUGAGGCACUCAUUGAGACGCUGGAGGACAACCAAAUGCAGCUGCAGAACGUGCUGGCAUCCAAGUACCGAGCCUUCUUCCUUCAGAGGGCACAGGACUGGCAGGAGAAGCUGUCAACCACUGACACUGUUAUCAACACCUGGUUUGAGGUACAGAGGAAGUGGAGUCACCUGGAAACAAUCUUCAUAGCAUCCGAAGACACACGAAGUCAACUGCCAGAGGAGUCCAAGAAAUUUGACACCAUUGACGAGGAUUUCCGAGCUCUAGUGGCUGAUGCAGUAAAAACUCCCAACGUGAUUGAGUGCACCAACAAGCCCGGGCUGCACACCAAGCUGGAAGCGCUGCAGGACAGGCUGGCAGUCUGUGAGAAGGCCUUGGCUGAAUACCUGGAGACCAAAAGAUUGGCCUUUCCCCGGUUCUAUUUUGUCUCCUCUGCAGACCUACUGGAUAUUUUAUCCAAGGGGACCGAGCCCCUUGAGGUGUCCCGGCACUUGACGAAGCUGUUUGACAGUUUGGCCAAGCUGAAGUUCCAGGAGGACGCAGACAAAAAGCCCCAGAAGGUGGCCCUCGGGAUGUUCAGCCGGGACGGGGAGUACAUGGACUUUGAUGCAGAGUGUGACCUGUCUGGCCAGGUGGAGGUGUGGCUGAACCGGCUGCUGGAGCGCAUGCGCUCGACGCUGCGCAGCCUCAUGCCCCAGGCCCUGGGCACCUACGAGGACAAGCCACGGGAGGAGUGGGUGUUUGACUACCCAGCCCAGAUCGCUCUCACGGGCACCCAGAUCGCCUGGACUACAGAAGUUGGAGUUGCCUUUGCGAGUCUGGAGAAAGGUUAUGAGAAUGCCCUGAAGGAUUAUAACAAAAAGCAGAUCGCUCGGCUGAAUGCCCUGAUUUCCCUGCUCCUUGGGAACCUGAGUGCUGGAGACAGAAUGAAGAUCAUGACAAUCUGUACUAUUGAUGUCCAUGCAAGGGAUGUUAUAAUCAAAAUGAUCCAAACAAAGGUGGAGAACUCGCAGGCGUUUGCGUGGCAGUCGCAGCUGCGGCACCGCUGGGAUGACGGGGAGAAGCACUGCUUCGCCAACAUCUGCGACGCGCAGCUGCGCUACGCCUACGAGUACCUGGGCAACACGCCCCGGCUGGUCAUCACCCCCCUGACCGACAGGUGCUACAUCACCCUGACCCAGUCCCUGCACCUGUACAUGGGGGGAGCCCCCGCUGGCCCCGCGGGCACCGGGAAGACAGAGACCACCAAGGACCUGGGCCGGGCCGUGGGCAUGAUGGUCUACGUGUUCAACUGCUCCGAGCAGAUGGACUACAAGUCCUGUGGGAACAUCUACAAAGGACUUUCCCAGACCGGCGCCUGGGGCUGCUUUGACGAGUUCAAUCGCAUUUUGGUGGAGGUCCUGUCUGUCAUUGCGGUGCAGGUAAAAUGCAUUCAGGAUGCAAUCCGUGCCAGGAAGAAAACAUUCAACUUCCUUGGGGAGACCAUCUCGCUGGUCCCGUCAGUGGGGAUCUUCAUCACCAUGAACCCUGGCUACGCCGGGCGCACCGAGCUGCCCGAGAACCUGAAAGCUCUGUUCAGACCCUGCGCCAUGGUGGUCCCCGAUUUUGAACUGAUCUGCGAAAUCAUGCUUGUGGCAGAGGGGUUUCUCGAUGCCAGGCUCCUGGCAAGGAAGUUCAUCACUCUCUACACGCUCUGCAAAGAGCUGCUGUCGAAACAGGACCACUAUGACUGGGGGCUGCGGGCCAUCAAGUCCGUGCUGGUGGUGGCAGGCUCCUUAAAGAGGGGGGACCCCGGCUCUGCAGAGGACCAGGUCCUGAUGAGAGCUUUACGAGACUUCAAUAUCCCCAAGAUCGUGACAGAUGACUUGCCUGUGUUCUUGGGGCUGAUUGGAGACCUGUUUCCAGCACUGGACGUUCCCAGGAAGAGGAACCUCGAAUUUGAGAAGGUGAUCCGUGAGGCCGUGGUGGAGCUGAAGCUGCAGGCAGAGGAGAACUUUGUGCUGAAGGUGGUGCAGCUGGAGGAGCUGCUCCAAGUGCGACACUCCGUCUUCAUCGUCGGCAACGCCGGCUCCGGCAAGUCCCAGGUAGGGCCAGACCAUCCUGGGCCCCCUCUGACCUUGGCCAAGCACAUCCCGUGGCCUCCCAUGGCUCCUUGGCGGGAGCAGGGCCCCAUGGCCCCACCGCAGGCAGAGGCUGAGAUUGCCCCAGUGCUGAAGUCGCUCAACAAGACAUACAAAAUGCUGAAGAGGAGGCCGGUCACGAUGGACCUGGACCCCAAGGCUGUGACCUGUGAUGAGCUGUUUGGGAUCAUCCAUCCAGCCACACGGGAAUGGAAGGAUGGUCUGUUCUCCACAGCCAUGCGUGACCUGGCCAACAUCACCCAUGAUGGGCCCAAAUGGAUCAUCCUUGAUGGAGACAUUGAUCCCAUGUGGAUCGAGUCCUUGAACACAGUCAUGGAUGACAAUAAGGUCCUCACCUUGGCCAGCAACGAGCGCAUCCCCCUCACUCCCACCAUGAGGCUCAUUUUCGAGAUCAGCCACCUGCGCACGGCCACGCCGGCCACCGUGUCCCGGGCUGGGAUCCUCUACAUCAACCCCGCAGACCUGGGCUGGAGCCCCAUUGUGGCCAGCUGGAUUGAGACAAGGACAGAGAAGUCUGAGAAGGCUGCUCUGACGAUCCUCUUUGACAAGUACCUGCCACCAUGCCUGGAGAAGCUCAAGUCUGAGUUCAAGACAAUCACCCCUGUUCCUGAUGUCACGGCCAUACAGACAGUUCUGUCUCUGCUGGAAUGUUUUCUGACACCCCAGAAUGUCCCACCAGACUCACCCCGGGAGCAAUACGAGCUCUUCUUCGUCUUUGCCUGCAUCUGGGCCUUUGGUGGGGCCUUGUUCCAGGACCAGCUGGUGGAUCACCGUCAGCAGUUCAGCAAGUGGUGGCUGACAGAAUUUAAAGCCAUCAAGUUUCCUAGUCAGGGGACAGUUUUUGACUAUUACAUUCAUCCAAACACGAAGACAUUCAAUCUCUGGGAUGAAAGAGUGCCAGCGUUCGAGCUCGACCCCGACGUCCCCUUACAGGUUUUGGUCAGCAAGUCUUUAGAACGACAGAGCACACCAGAGGUGUUGCUUUAG